AUGCACGGUGCGGUGCACAGUUUCCCAGGGAUGAUGGGCAGCAUUGAUUGCAUGCAUUGGGAGUGGAAAAACUGUCCGGUGGCGUGGAAAGGCCAGUUCACUACCGGUUUCAAGCAGAAACAUCCUUCGAUGAUCCUCGAAGCCGUUGCUGACUACCGUUUGCGGAUCCGGCAUGCGUAUUUCGGUGUUGCAGGUUCGAACAACGACAUCAACGUUCUGCAGUCAUCGCCUAUCUUCAAUGAUGAGUGCCGGGGAGAGGGUCCAGAGAUCAGUUUUGUAGCAAAUGGCACGCAGCACCGCAGGGGAUACUAUUUAGCAGAUGGAAUAUACCCUCGUUGGCCCGUAUUCGUCAAGACACUUCGCCAACCGGCUGGAGCGAAGAGACAAUAUUUUGCGCGAAAACAAGAGGCCGCUAGGAAAGAUGUUAGCGAGCUUUUGGUGUGCUCCAAGCGCGAUGGGCCAUUCUACGCUGCCUGGCACGAGUUUGGCAUGAAGAUGAUGUUGUGA